GGGGCAUGUGAAACCAACUAGUGGGACAGUUGAGUUCCUCGCAGUGUCCAAAGUUGUGCAAGUUUCUUUAAUCAUGAUCUCAGUGUCCUGCAUUUUGGCGCUCGGCUUGUUUUCGACUGCGCUGGGCAAGCAGCACCGGGAGGAAGACAACUUGUUCCGUGUGAGGAGGCUACAGAUGGUGUUUGGUGGUGAUGAUGAGCGAAAUAUUUUUAAGAAGGCUGAGUUGUCGAAGCGCAGCACAGGACUGAAUGAACAGACAUGCACGGCUCUGCCUGGAGUAGAGUCAGCCCUGCGAAACAACACCAGCACCUUCACGUUCAAAGUGCGAACGAUGGGCUCUCUGUCACUGGCCUGGGUGGGAGAUGGAUCAGGGGUGCUGCUGGUGCUGACGACGUUUCAGGUGCCGCUGUUCAUGAUGCGCUUCGGCCAGUCUAACCUCUACAGGAGUGAAGACUAUGGGAAGACGUUCAAAGAUGUGACUCAUCUGAUCAACCACACGUUCAUCCAGACGGAAUUUGGCAUCGCCAUCAGUCCGGACCACUCGGGGAAGGUGAUCCUGACAGGUGAUGUGUCAGACGUCGGUGGAUUUCGACUGUUCCGCUCGCAGGACUUCGGCCUGACCUUUACGCCCACCGACCUGCCGUUUGAGCCACUAAUUCAGAUGUUGUACAACCCUGGAGACUCCACCACGCUUGUGACGCUCAGUAUCAUGUUGGAGCUUUGGCUGUCUGAGGACUUUGGCGCCACCUGGAGAAAGAUCCAUGACAGCGUGUGUUUGGUUAGAUGGGGUCCAAAGAACAGCAUCUUCUUUACAACCAACAACAACGGAUCCUGCAAUGAUAAAGGAAUGUUAGAAUUGAGGAAGACAGUCGACUACGGCAGAAGUUUCCACACCAUUGCAACCAGAGUUUACUCCUUUGUACUGGGAGGAAAAUAUGUCUUUGCUUCCAUCAUGACAGGAGCGGGUUCAGAGCGUAUGAUCCAUGUCUCAGUGGACGGAGGUGCGAACUGGAACAUGGCACAGCUUCCUACAGUUACCCACCAGCAGUUUUACUCCAUCCUCGCAGCCAAUCAGGACAUGAUCUUCAUGCACGUGGAUGAUCCUGGAGACUCUGGAGUUGGAACCAUCUAUGUGUCAGAUGACAGAGGAACUGUCUUCUCCAAGUCUCUGGAACGUCAUCUUUACUCAAUCACAGGAAGCGACACAGACUUCACCGUCAUUGCUGCACUCAGAGGCGUCUACAUGACGAGUGUACUCGCAGAAGACGGUGCGGUGGAGACAGUGAUCACAUAUGACCAAGGAGCCAACUGGCAGACGCUUCGCAGACCACAGAACAGCCACUGUAACACUGACACCUACACCAACAGACCUAACAGAUGCAGACUUCACAUCCAUGCUUCCUACGGCACCACCAUGAAGAUGAACAUCCCCAUGCUACCGCUCUCACAGCCCAAUGCUGUGGGCCUCAUCCUGGCUCACGGCAGCGUUGGAGAUGCUGAGUCUGUUCUCUCCCCUGAUGUGUACGUAUCUGAUGAUGGGGGCUACUCGUGGUUGUUGGCCCUCAGGGGCCCCCAUCACUAUGCCAUCCUGGACUCUGGAGGCCUGCUGGUUGCUGUGGAACACACCAACUCACCCAUCAACCAGAUAAAGUUCUCCACAGAUGAAGGGCAGUGCUGGCAUGCCUAUAACUUCACCAAUGACCCGCUUCACUUUAGCGGCAUGGACAGUGAGCCUGGCUCUCGCUCCAUGAAUGUCAGCCUGUGGGGCUACAGGAAUGAUUUUAGUAAAUGGGUGGUGAUCACUAUAGACUUCAGGAAGCUCCUCACCAGAGUCUGCGGGGAUAGGGAUUAUGAAGAGUGGCUGGCUCACUCUACAGACCCCAGUGGAUCUAAUGACGGCUGUGUGCUGGGCUAUAAAGAGACUUUCUUACGUCUGAGGAAAGAUUCGGUCUGCUGGAAUGGGAGGGACUUUGCAGUCACUAAGAAGCUGUCCCCCUGUCCAUGUACAGUGGCUGAUUACCACUGUGACUUUGGGUAUUACCGGCCAGAGAACAGCUCCGAGUGUGUGGUCCAGGAGGACAUGAAGGGCCGUGCUUUGGAGUUUUGUUUAAAUGGGACCAUUGAACAGCUGCAGACCAGUGGCUACCGGAAGAUCCCAGGAAACCAGUGUGAAGGAGGCUUUCAGCCGUCCAGGAAAGAGACUGACUUGGGGAAGAUGUGCACCAGCAACGCCCUUCAUCCCAUUUCUCUGACAGAAAACAGUUCACCAAACACUGCCAUCAUAGUGAUAGUUGUCAUAGCGAUCCUCCUAACAAGUGCAGUGGCAGGUGUCUGGCUGAUAAAGAAAUACGUCUGCGGCGGACGGUUCCUUGUGCACCGAUACUCUGUGAUGAGGGAACACGUGGAAGCCAACAAAAUUGAAGGAGUAGAUGAUGUUGACACCCACUACAUGGAGACAGGAAAAACUCAGUUUAAUGAAGAUUCAGAUCAGGACCUCCUAGAAUAAAAUUUCUCCCCACUGAAAGUCUCACAUGAGGCCUGGGCAUUCCUGUUGCUCCCACAUGCUGAUUAACAUCUGCUUCUCACUUCUUGUUAUGCCCCUGCUGGUUGAAGGACGCGGCAUCAGCGGGGAAACUUUUUACAUCGCUUCCUUGUACCAGUUAUGGCUCCCACAAAUAGGUGGUUUUGGGGAGGGGGGGGACAAUUCUGGUGCAGAACAGAGGACAGCCUCUGGGCUCCCCUGGAGAGUUUUUGUUUUUGCUGUCACAGAAAGUUCUGUAAGGGCUGUUGACUGUGAAUAUGUGCCCUGUUGUGCUCCGUAUGUUUCCUUUCAGAGAUGGCCUUGCACUACAGAAGCAUUAUACAGAUUCUAGAGCCCUGAUAUAUGUGGCUGUCAAAAUGCUUUAGAGAGCAGCCAAGCAGUAGAACAAACAAUAUAAUCUGUAUUUUUUAUUCUUCAGAAUUUUUCUUGCUGUGAUUUAAGUAGUUUUUGUACUCUGUAAAUUUGAGACAUGCCAGAUAGAGUCCUGUUGUGCACAGACGGCCGUUCAGACCCUGGUUCAGUUUUACGUCACUAAAAUUAGACACAAGCACAUUUUCCAACACUAUUUUUUCUGUCACAUGUUUUGUUGAAAUCAGUAUUUCCUUUUUUUAAUUGAAGUAACUCCGAGUGGUUCUAUUUUCUGUUUUCUUUGGCCAGUGUUUCCAAUUAGUGUUGCUAUUUUUACCAAACGGUCCCAAAAGAUUCACAUGGACUUCAGUCUUCUGUAAACAGCCACUAAAAAUAAAAUGUUAAAAGUAUUUCAUCACAUGCUUAACAAUAUAAAGAUGGCAUUAUUAUCCAUGACUAUUUGUUUAUUUUAAUGAUCAUAUCAAUAUGAACUAAUUUAAAUUAACACUAAAAUAUGUGUGACAUUUUAUGGUGACCUCCCUAAAAAAAUAAAAUAAUCUUAAAAAUACACACUGUUAAAGUAGAAUGUGCUCAUGCUCGUAUAUUUUAUUACCAAACAGAUUAUCUUUUUAUUCUUUGUGUUAUGCAAUUGCUUUAUGUCUAAUAAUAGCUUAAUAAUGCACUUCUGCAUUACAAAGAAGAACCACUUAUUGGCAAUCAAUAGAAUCAAGAUUAACAAUAAUAUUUGCCUUGUAGGUUUUGUAAAUGGAAUUUGCACAGAACAGGUAGGACAAAAAACUGCAGGUGUGACUCUAGGGAAUAAGAUUAUGUAUAUUAUCUUCUUUUUUUCAAAUUUAAUGUAUGCAUUCAUGGCAGAUCCAACUAAAGCCGUCCUCCAAGUUAUUGGCUUCCCCCUUUUCAUUCUUCUAAUCCCAAAAUGUGGCCGCAGCAGGACCGCAGUGUUUCUCUUUGUAAUGAAAUCCAUGACUGAAAGUGGUCUAGAAAUAAUCCUCCAGCUUUUGUGACACAUGAUUAGACAUGUAAUGAUUGUGUGAAAUAAUUGUGAUUGUCUCUAAUAACUGCAAUCAUGUAAAAUUUGUGGCCUGUCUACAUUCACUAACUUUGCAGAACUCCACAGACAAGAGCAGCAUUGAAAGAUGUCGAGUCUUGGGUUUGUUUUGUUUCUGGUGAAACUUUGGAUGUGAAUUCUGUUAGUGCUGAAAUUAUUGUGAGGACAUACAAUAGAAGCAGUUGAUUGUGGCCAAUUUCUUCUACUCUCCUGUAUUUGUGGUGAAAAUGAAAGACUUGAACUGUUACCAAAGCACUUUUACUGUUAGUUUUCAGACUUUUUUCAGGUGAGGUUGUAAAGGGGAGACCUAACCUCAGCCCAGUAUGAGGACGAUGUUCACACAAGCCCUUUACUUGAACUGUUUCGUACUUUUGCUCAACAGGAUGCACCAGUAUGUUCCUCUUGUUGUGUAAUUAUUGUGUUUUUAAUUGUGUUAGGCUCCUACGUCCAACAUCAGCCAAUACCAACAUGAAGAUUUCUAACAAUCUUAACGCAGAUGCAGGUUUAAUCAAUAAAAUAACUGUGUUAAGAUGUAAUAACAGACAUUUCCAUAAACAUAUCAAUGUUGAAAUAGCACAAGCCAAAUGCAUAAUCUCAUUGAGGUUGCAGUAUUUAAAAUAACAAUAAAUCAACCUCAGACUAUAUAUAUAUAUAUAUAUAUAUAUAUAAAUGUAUAGGUAGGUGAAACGCUGGCUACAUUUCUACUGUCUGCAUUGUAAGACCUGGAACAUUUGAUCCACAUGCAGGGCUUAUAGCUAAUGCUUGUAUUCUCCAGCAGAGGCAAUAAUAUCCCAGUGAAUAAGCUAUUGUAAUUAGCAGGCCUAAUACUGAGGCAUUUUCUCAAGGACUGUUGGGUGGUCAGAUAUGACAGCAACUUCAUAUUCUUGAUGCUUCAUAAUUUACUCAACUGUCAGUAAAAGCAAACCCAGUUAUUUACUGUAUUUUCUGUUUCUUUUUUUGCACUGUUUCUUCAGAUCUGUGAAAGUGUUGCAUUUGUUGAACUUCUUGUACAUCUACAUUCUAUAAAAAAAUUAGGCCCAAA